AUUCAUAUCACACGUAUAUGUGCAUAUAAUGAUUCUACAUCAAGGAGAAAGUUUAAAAACCAUAAACUUGGUCCCUAGGAUUAGGACGGAGUUCGGAUGUAGUUGUAAGAAGGAAAAGAAUGGCGUCUGAGGGCUGUGGCUUCGCCGCCGGAAUGGGUACAACUACCCGGGGUGACGGACAGCGGCGGAACGUACUAGGGGGCGAGCCGGUGCCGGCACUCCCCCUUCGCCGGGAAAGUCUAGGUAUAUAUAUAGGUAUUGAUUUUGCCGGCGCCCCUUUCAUUUUUUCCGGCGCCCCGGCUUCCUCUAUGCUCUGCACUGCGGCUCUGCUAUCCGAACUAAGGUUUUGAAAAUAAAAACUUAGUUCAACAAAAACGACCUCGUUUGCGUAAGUUGAAAAAGGAAAAAUAUAAGUAAAACGACCAUACCUAUGUAAAAAACGACACCCUACUCUUCCAAUAUUUAACAAUUAAAUAAAUAUCAGAAAAGUACUUUGAUUCAACCCUCCUCGGUUAUUCAUUCAAUUCGUAAAUUGGCCAAAUAGCCAAUCGGCCGCUCUGCCCAAAAGCCGAUGACUGAAAUUUAGGUGUCUCCGUGCCGGACCACUGGCGCUGUGCUGGAUUGCUGGACACCUCACGCCUGGACGGCUGGAGCUUCACAACGCAUUUGGGGUGAACCUGUGAAGGCUAAAGCAGUAAAGCUGCUUUCCCGCUUCACCCAAGCUGCUUGGGACUUGGGAGAACCGAGAACUGCAAGUCUGGAAAGCACCGGCUCAAAUAAAGGUCUGGUUCCGCCACUGGUGACGGAUCGUUGUAGAACUGACUCCGCCAGACGUUGGAGAAGAUGACAACAACGCUGGAGAAAAGGGAGGAUUCACCGGGGAAGAAACCCAGUUGUUCGCCGUACUGUCGGACCGCUUCCUCGCCGGAGGAGAUGAAACCACUGACUUCAGGACCGCCGCUACCUGUUGACGAAGCUGCUGCAAGGGUUGUCGGUGGAAGAAGCUACUGUACCGUCGCCGUUACCUGCGGCAGUGAAGAAUACAAGGUGGUUUCGAAGAUCAAGUUAAACGCUUCAAAUAGGAUUUACCACGACUCAGGUAAGUUUCUCUGCCAAUCCAAAAUUGUUUCCUCGUAUUAUAUGCUUAUUAUGCAUUAUGUGAUUAAGUGUGAAUUUUGAAUUAUGUGUAUGUGAUUUGGAGGAGAUAUUAGAUCUAUGGUAUUUGAGAAGUGCAAACUAAGUACUUUUGAGUAUUAAAUAUUUUUAAAUACCUUUGAGACUAUUUAGAGAUAUCGAGAAAUAUUUUUGGAAGUAUAUAUAAUAUCAAGAUAAAAUUUACGUUUUCAUAAGAGGUGAGCACCCGGGAGAAAUCCGUGGUGUCGGUUUUCCACAUCCGGAUAAAUGUGGAGGGUGAUUAAGGCUACUACUACUAAGAAGUACAGUUUGAGUUUGAAGUGACAUUUGGAUCUAUGAUCCCUUUUAAGAAGAAGUUAUAGUAGUAGUAGUCCCUAAUCAUUCAAGAAUUUUAAAGGUGGGGUAGUUGGUAGACUGAGUCCCGAUUACGCGUGACGACUUACUACUCGGAGGGCUUGGAAUCCCUUUUAGGGGUGUGCACACUUAAGGUAGUGGUUUCGUUUCCAUUAUUAGCAGUUGUGGUACCGGCAAAAGUCCCGGGAUGGCCGUACAUAAUAACGUAACCACCGGGCUCAACCAGAGUGUUGAGCAACACCCUUCUAAAUUAGUAGGAAGAUAGAGAAGAACUGAAUUUUGAGAAAUUCUAAGAGAAGAGUUACUAUAGUAUUUUUUUAAAAAAAGUUGAGGACUUUAUUAAAGAAGUGAUUUUGAGGAAUAUCAAAGAGAAAAGAAUUUUGGUGGAGUGUGUCAUUUUUAUAUAGUAUUAUAUGAAAAACUAUUUUUCGCCAAACCUGAUUAUUUUACGGGGUUGGGUAGUACUUACUUAGCUCUAAUGCUAAUUUUUGUUUCCUUUUCUUUGUUUUGUUUUCUGCACUUUAUUUGUGCAGGUAAUGAUGACGAUGUUGACUGAUGACUGUACUGAGAGAUGCCUUAGUCAAACCUAGUCAAGAAUUAUAAUUCAAUUAUGUUGAACACUUGUUUUACUUUGUUUUGUUUUGUGAUUGCCUGUGCAUUCGGUUAAGAGAUGACCGGAUGUGGCGGUAACACCCAUUUCCCAAUUAAUGUUAUUUCCGCUGCAAAAUUUUUUAUCUGUUUUGAAUAAAUAAAUCAAGUUUAUUAUCAAUAAAUCUAUUAUUUCAAUUAUUAUUUUGGGAGGGAAAAUGAGGUGUUACAAUAACACCAUGAAUUAUCCGAAAUACGUAUCAAUUGUGUGAUAUAUUCGUAUGCCGUGAAUUCCAU